AUGAAGCUUCUUGUCAGUGAUUAUGAUGUUAACCUCAUAAAUGACAAUAAUAUGUCUGAAUUCAUUGUGAAAUUCAUCGGGCCAUCCGAUUCACCUUACGAAGGGGGUGCUUGGAGAGUAAGAGUCAUUUUGCCAGAUUAGUAUCCUUAUAAAUCUCCAUCUAUUGGCUUUGUCAACAGAAUCUACCAUCCUAACAUUGAUGAGGCAUCAGGAAGUGUUUGUUUGGAUGUUAUAAAUCAAACUUGGUCUCCAAUGUUUGAUUUGAUUAAUAUAUUUGAUGUAUUCUUGCCACAAUUGCUACUAUAUCCAAAUCCAGCAGAUCCCUUGAAUCCAGAAGCAGCUAAUUUGUACAAUAAAAACUUUGAAAAAUUCAAGGAAAAGGUAAGAGAUCAUGUGAAGAUGAAUGCAUCCUAAGAGUAUUUUGAUAAAAUCAAAUAGCAAACAAAAAAUAAUGACAAAAAUCAAGAGGAAUAAAAAAAUGGACAUGCUCAUAAUCAUAUGAAUGGGAACGAUCACAAAGAAGAUGGGGAGGGUAGUGAACUUAGUGAAACCUCUGAUUUGUAAGGACUUGACGGUGAAGAUGAUGAAGAUAUCCCGAUGGGAUCAGAUGAAGAAGAAAAACAGCAAGAGGCAGUUUGA